AUGAGUUCUCAAGAUUCUCUUUCUCUUCAAUCAACCUUCACUCUCCUCUUCUUCUCUUUCACCUUUCUAUUCUCAAUCUUUUCUUUUCUCGUCUAUAUCUCUAGAAUUAAACCAUGGUGUAACUGCAACACUUGCAAAGCUUAUUUAUCUAUGACUUGGUCACAAAACUUCGUAAACCUCUGCGACUACUACACUCAUCUUCUUCGAACCUCACCCACAGGAACAAUCCAUGUCCACGUCUUAGAUAACAUCAUAACCGCAAAUCCAGAAAAUGUAGAAUACAUCCUCAAAACAAAUUUCAACAACUACCCUAAAGGGAAACAGUUUUCCGCAAUUCUCGGCGAUCUUCUCGGCCGUGGCAUCUUCAACGUCGACGGUGAUUCGUGGAAGUUUCAACGCAAAAUGGCAUCUCUUGAACUCGGAAGCGUAGCUAUUCGUUCAUACGCUAUGGAACUUGUCACAGAAGAAAUCAAAGCAAGGCUUAUUCCUCUCGUAGCUUCAAAAACCGGUGAAAAGGAUGAUGGUUUUAUGGACAUGCAAGAUAUUCUUAGAAGAUUUUCUUUCGACAAUAUUUGUAAAUUCUCAUUUGGUUUAGACCCGUGUUGUCUUGUUCCAUCACUUCCACUUCCAGUUUCAAAGCUCGCUGACGCUUUUGAUCUCUCAUCAAAGCUUUCAGCUGAAAGAGCAAUGAACGCGUCACCGUUAAUAUGGAAGAUGAAGCGUUUCUUCAAUGUUGGAUCAGAGAAGAAGCUGAAAGAAGCGAUUGAAGUGGUGAACGACAUGGCGAAAGAGAUGAUAAAACAAAAACGAGAAAUUGAAACUGGAGUUGACUCGCGAAAAGAUCUUCUCUCACGUUUUAUGGCUUCUUUGAAUUCAAACGAAGACCAAUAUUUGAAAGAUAUUGUAGUCAGUUUUCUUUUGGCGGGUCGUGAUACGGUUGCUUCUGCAUUGACCGGGUUUUUUAUGUUAUUGUCUAAUAACCCGGAUGUUGAGAAAAAGAUUCGGGUUGAGUUAGACCGGAUAAUGAACCCGGUUCAGGAAGUUGUUACUUUUGAACAGACGCGUGAAAUGCAUUAUCUAAAUGGAGCAAUUUAUGAGAGCAUGAGGCUGUUUCCACCGGUUCAGUUCGAUUCAAAGUUUGCUUUGGAGGAUGACGUCUUACCUGAUGGAACUUUUGUUAAAAAGGGAAGUCGGGUUACUUAUCAUCCAUAUGCAAUGGGUCGGAUGGAGAAUAUCUGGGGAUCCGACUUUAUGGAAUUUAAACCGGAGAGAUGGUUGAGAGAAGGUGUGUUUGUACCAAAAUGCCCUUUUAAGUAUCCAGUUUUUCAAGCAGGUGGGAGAGUUUGUUUGGGAAAGGAACUGGCUAUUGUAGAGAUGAAGGCUGUUGUUGCUGCUUUAGUAAAACGGUUUGAUGUUCGGGUUGUUGGACCGAAUCAGGAGCCACGGUUCGAACCGGGUCUAACUGCCACAUUUAGAGGUGGCUUGCCGGUUAAGUUUUAUGAAAGAACAUGA